GCUUGUGUUAAUCUCCCGUGCAGAGCCGGUCUGUUGGUCAGAGACGUCUGUUCUGUCUCUGUUGAGUCCAGCGGCAGCGGCCUGGAAACCAGAGUUUCUCCAUCAUUAGAUCUAAAGAGAGCUCCACACACUCCGUUUGCGCUGUUCUGUCUUGAUCAGAUGACUCCUGUGACUUCACACGAACUGUCCUCAGAUCUCAUAUUUUGAGGAAGGUGGUGUGUGUUUGUUCUCGAUCUCUGAAUGCAGAAGAACAGGUAGAUCAGGAUCCCUCGGCUGAGCCUUUAGAGAAUCACACGCUUCAUCACAGAAGCUCGUGUAGAUGUUUUCUGUCAGAUGUGUGUGAUACUAGAGUUAGAACGGACGUAUCAUCCGUGUGUUUGAUAGAGCUUCAUCUUCAUCAUCAUCUUCACCGCAGCUGUGAGAGGUAUUUAACCCUCAUCAAUAAUUAAUGAGCGGCUCAUGAAUAAUGCAGACUGUACUAUACUGUAAUAACGGAGUGUGGAGGAAGGUGCCCACAUGAAACAAAUACUACAGGAAUUUAAAGGAAAUACUAUGGUGUUUGAACUAAAAUAAAGCACUUGAAUUAAUUCUGUGAUAAAAUAUCAAAUAUAACUAAACAAACAAAUCUGAUUCAUACCCAAUACUGUACUAAGUAUACACAACUAUAGGGCAUAUUAUACUACACUAUAUUAUACUACUAUACACUAUAAAAUAUAAAGUAAACUACAUUAUUACUAUAGUAUAUCACUGUAGUUAAACUGGUCAUGUGUUUUCCUUUCUCUUUAGAGUGUGAUAAGCUCUUUAUAUAAAGAGUUUCAAACCAAAGACAUAUUCUUUAUAAAAGUCAUGACGGAGUGUGUGUACUGUAUAUAGAGUCUCUCUCAUCUGAGAGUCCUCAUGUGUCUGGUAUCCGCAUCACUUCCUGUUUCUGAUACAGUCUCUGGUCGUUUCCUGCUGGAUUUCCGUGUAAUGUUCUUCUCUUCUAGCCUUAUAUUCUUUAUAAAAGUCAUGACUUGUCCACACCUCCCAAAACGACUCGUUUAAACACGCCCCCACUUCUCUACAUCACAGAGUGCUUUAUUUGCAUAACUCCGCCCGAAUGUUUACUCAAAGAGUAAGGCGGAGAAGGCGGAGCUAUUAUUCUGUGUGUAGUGUUGCUGCGGGCGCCAUGUUCUGGAGAUGCAGUGAAAGUAAACUAAUUUGUGUUUCUAAAAGAAAACACGACUAUAAAUCAGUAAGUUGUGUCUAUAACACUGUUCAGAACAGAUGAACACAGAUGUUAGAGUGUGUUCAGACUGACUCCUGAAUCUAAGCUGACUCUGAACAGAGACUAUAAAGAGACUGAUUCUGACUCUACAAGAACAGUCUGGAGCUUCUGACUCACAACUUUUAAACAGCCUGUUUCUUACUAUUCAAACGUGAUGCAAUGUGACUCGUAAAAAGAGAGUAUAAAUCAUGAUAAUCAGUAAUUAUGUCUCGUUUGUAAUGUGUUUAUUGGUUUGGUGUCGUAGUGCUGGGACACGAGAGGUAUUCAGCCAAUCACAACACACUGGAGAGCUGGCCAAUCAGAGCACACCUCGCUUUUUUGAUGAGCUUUGUACAAAUCGGUCCCGGUUCAGGAGGCGGGGCUUAGAGGAGAGACAGUAAUGUACACGGUAUGAAGCGGCUCUCUCUUUCUUCCAGCGCGUGUCUGUGAGGUGAUGAUGAGAUAUCUCUCUGUCAUGUUUUGCUGUUCUUCUGUUUUCUCCUGGAGAGUAUUUCUCUGGUCUCUGUGUUUCAGCUGUGAGCGUGGUGAAGACCUGACGGUGGAAGGAGUUACUCUGUUUCUGUCAUGAUCUGUGAGUUCAUGUCCAGCGCCGUCGACCUGAAGCACAGAUCUUCACGUGUCCGGUGCUCUAAAGUCUGCGGCUGCAUCCUCCUCCUCGUCUUCAUCACGGCCUCUUACCUGCUGUCCGGCGAGAGGAAGACUCUGCGCUUCAGCCUGGUUCCGCUCGAGGAGGACCUGAGUGAAGACGCCCUCAGAGACGUGGUCCGCAGCAUCGCAGCUGAAGCGAGGUUCAGAGCCAGACGACUUCCUGACGUCAGAGAGCUGAUGCGCCUCGAGAAACACAUGUUCUCUGUGGUUCCGCGGCGCUUCCUGCCGGAGGUUAAGAACCCCUGCUGGUUGGAGGAGCUGCGUGGAAACGUCAGCACGGAUCCGUACGGGUCAAACCUGUUCGGACGCUCCUUCAGACAGAUACAGCUCAUCUUUGAGCGGCUGAGCGGCUCGUUCGAACAGCGUUUAACACGGCAUGAUGGGAAACCUCAUCGACUGCGCUGUCUUCCCUACUUCUACAUCAUUGGCCAGCCCAAGUGUGGCACGACGGACCUGUACGAGCGGCUGAGACUGCACCCGGACGUCCGGCUCACGCCGCCCAAAGAACCGCACUGGUGGACCCGGAAGAGGCUCGGAAUCAUUCGCUCCGGGGAACGUCCACACACUCUUUUCCCGCUGGAUCAUUACCUGGACCUGUUUGAUCCAGUGGCCCUUCAGAUACUGCAAGGCCUUCUGGGAAACUCCAGCAGCAGCAUCAUCACGGGCGAGGCCAGCGCUUCUACCAUGUGGGACAACAACGGCUGGCUGUAUUUCCAUGGCAACGGCUCAGGGGCGGAGCCUCCGUCACUCAUCCCGGACUUGAUUGGUGCUCUGCAGCCGGAGGCGCGGUUCAUAGCCAUCCUCAGAGACCCUGUGGAGAGGCUGUAUUCAGAUUACUUGUACUUCGGCACGUCUAAUAAAUCUGCGCUGGAUUUCCAUCAGAAGGUGUGUGAGUCUCUGCGGAUGUUCGAGGGCUGUCUGCGGGACGCCGGGCUCAGAGCGUGUGUGUACAACGGCACACUCAACAACGCCAUGAGCGUGCGUCUUCAGGUGGGUCUGUACGUGGUGUUUCUUCUGGACUGGCUGUCGGUGUUUUCUCGUGAUCAGCUCUUAGUCCUGCGUCUGGAGGAUCACGCUUCUCACCCAGCUCUCAGCAUGAGCAGGAUCUUCAGCUUCCUGCGUUUAGGAGCGCUGUCUGAUCACACACACACACAGAUCAGCGAGCGUCCGGCGUCUAACAGCAGACGUGCGUCCGACAGAGAUCUGGGGCCGAUGCGGGCGGUCACUCGAGAGCUGCUCACCAUGUUUUACUCUCCGUUCAAUCAGAAGCUGGCCGAGGUUCUGCAGGACGAGUCCUUCACGUGGAACACACACUCUCACACACACACACACUCACACACACCAGACCUGAGACAGCCUGCGGACCGCUCCUGAUUCGAUGCAUCUCGAUGGAAGUGUUAUUAAAACACAGGCGGCUUGUUGUUUAUUCACUGACCCCUGCUGGCCAGAGUUUACAGAUCUGACGUCUUCAGAUUCACGUGAUGCACCACUCAGCUACUGAGAAGGACCUCGGAUCAUAAAACUGGAUUCAGUUCAGUUAGAUUAACUAGACAGGGUUUAAAGAUCAGCUGAUUCUGCAGACCAGAUCUUUCAGAGCGUUUAUGAUGUUCCUGGAUCUCAAAGACUCCACAAACUCUGACUUUUUGUCUUUUUAAACGUAUAGUUCACCCAAAAACUAUUAAAGAAGAUAUUGUGGAAGAAUUGGAAACCAAACCCAGUUGAGAUUCACUGUACGAGAGAAAGCUCAGAAUAAAGAGUUGAUGACUAAAUGAUGUCUUUUAGAAAAAUCUUUAACCAGCUGCCUGAAGAAAUCACUUCAUAUCAGAUUUACAGAAUUACCAUCUGCUUCAGUGAUUAUUUAUAUUUCUUUCCUGUCCAGAACGCUGAUUCUCACCAAACAAAACAAAACAAAAGAAGAAUGCUUGAAACAUAGCGCUUGCGGAUCAUUGCUGUUUUCUUGAUUCUGAUUGCUUCCUCGUUUUAAGGUGCUUUGGAAAAGUGUGGACUAAAUGUAAAUAUAACCAGCUCCAAAAAUCACUUGAUAUAACUACAAGAUCUACACCGAGUUCAGUGUCACGUGGGACUGUUUUCUGUGAUGGCCUCCUGUUCUCUGGGUGUCUGUGAGUUUGAUGGGAAUCUCUGGAUCCUGGAUCAGUCUCCCGCCGGGAAGAUCUCCCAGAGCAGCUCCUGUGCUUUUAAGAAGGAUCAUAAAGAGCUCCUGGAGGUUUCUGCUGUUUGAUGGCUGUAGCAGCUCAGGAAGCUCCCGAUCACAAACACAGAGGCUUCUGGGUAAUGUACUUGAGUUUUAUUGUUUUGGCUCGGCGUCGACUCGUUGAAUGAGCGGAGCUUUGACUUUUCAAGACUCUUCUGAUUUGAUUCACAGUGUCUGUUCAGAACCACACUUUUAGGAUAAACUUUCUGGUUUUGGGAACUAAAUAACUUUUUUUAGGUUUUUUUACAACCAUAAAAUUCACAGAUUGUUCCGGGAAGCAGAAAUGUUGAGAAUAUUCCUGUAUUGAUGUAUUUCCAGUGAAUGUUUGUGAGAGUUUCCAAGGACUCAGACUGUGAUGUUGUUCUGCUGUCAGGGAAACGUGUGUGUGUGUGUGUGUGUAAGAGUGUGUGUGUGUGUGUAAGAGUGUGUGU